AACGAAUUGAGAGUAUAUAUAAGACGGACCGGUUCAUCGGCUUUAAUUUUCCAGUGCGCUGAAUUACGGACAAUCACGAGAAUGGAGGACAUUAAGAGCAGGUUUGAGGGAAAAUGGCAGUGUGUGAAAACAGAGAACAUUGAAUCGUAUCUGGAGGCUAGGGGUGUGAAUAUAAUUAAACGGAAGGCCGCCGCCCAAUUUAAGCCAAUUCAGACAAUUUCUGUGAAGGACGGGAAGGUGGAAAUCAUACGGAAAGUGCCGAUCAAGGAAAUUCGACACGAAUUCGUUCUAGAUGAGGAGAAUGACAUCGUCGAUGAUGAUAACAAAUUCAAGGCAAAGCUCACAUAUUCCGACGGAAAGAUGACAGUGAACCUAAAGUCGGCGGACGGUAAAUCUAAAGACAACGUCAUUGUACGAGAGAUAGAGGGAGAUAACCUCAUUGUAACGGCAACAUGCAACGGAGUCUCGGCCAAGUCAACAUUCAAGAAAUCCUAAACUGGUGGUCCAUUUGUUCUUGUACUGGUAGUCCAUUUGUUUUUUGUAUUGGUAGUCCAUUUGUUUUUUUUGUAAUGGUAGUCCAUUUGUUUUUGUACUGGUAGUCCAUUUGUUUUGUUUUUUGUACUGAUAGUCCAUUUGUUUUAUCAUAUGACUAGUAAUAGAGACAUUAUCAGAUGUUUUUACUGGUGGUCAAUGUGUUUUUUAUUGACUAUUAAUAAAGACAUUAUCAGUUUA